ACAAAGUCGAAAGCAGCAGCAAAAUGAUUUUUCUAAAAUUAACAAAAAGAUAAAUGAACUUAAAAGACACAUGAAAUAGCUUCUUUUAAUUAAAUUCAAAUAUUAAGUAGUUUUUUUUUCAUUUGGUUUGUUCAUCUCGGGAACUAAAAUUACAUCAAUCAUCAUGGAGGAUUUAUUAUCAAUGAAAUGGAAUAAUUCUGCAAAUGUCAACAAGACAUUCAUGCAUCCCCCAGUUAUUGAUCCAGAAAGUGAAUAUGUGCCGUAUAGCGAAAGGGUGGAAACUUAUUUGGUGCCAGCUGUUUUUGCGAUAAUAUUUAUUGUCGGUGUGAUUGGAAAUGGAACUUUGGUUGUGAUAUUUUUUCGACAUCGGGCAAUGCGUAACAUUCCGAAUACAUACAUUUUAUCACUGGCACUAGCGGACCUUUUGGUGAUUAUUAUUUGUGUACCUUUGGCCUCUGUGCCAUAUGUGCUGGAUUCAUGGCCAUGGGGUGCAACGCUGUGCCGUGUCACCGAAUGUGCUAAGGACAUUUCAAUUGGAGUUUCUGUGUUUACGUUAACAGCUCUUUCUGGUGAAAGAUAUUGUGCCAUUGUGAAUCCAUUGAGAAAAUUGCAGACUCGUCCUUUGACAGUUUUAACUGCCACAUUGAUAUGGAUGUUGGCGAUUUUAUUUGCUACACCAGCGGCACUCAUCUCGGAUACACAGGAUGUACAAUUGCCAAAGAAUUUGACAAUAACUUAUUGCUCACCAUUUGGGGAUUAUCCAAAUCAUUCGCCAUAUGCAAAAUACACGGUUGUGGCAAAAGCGUUCGUCUAUUAUUUGCUUCCACUUUCCAUAAUUGGAGCCCUUUACAUACUGAUGGCAAACCGAUUGCACAUUAGCGCCAGAGAGAUGCCUGGCGAGGCAUUAGGUAUGCAAAGUAGGGCACAAGCUCGUGCUAGGCGUCAUGUUGCACGCAUGGUGGUUGCAUUUGUGGUUGUGUUUUUCGCGUGCUUUUUUCCAUCACAUUUAUUUUCAUUGUGGUUUCAAUUGAAUCCACAAUCGCAAGAAGAAUUUAAUGACUUUUGGCAUGUUACGAGAAUAAUUGGAUUUUGCACAAGUUUCCUGAACUCCUGUGCCAAUCCGGUAGCAUUGUAUUGCGUCUCAGGGGUAUUCCGUCAGCAUUUCAAUCGUUAUCUAUGUUGCUGGUGCUGUAAGCCAGCUCCACGUAACCGACAGCAUUCCACAACUGGUGCCCUAGAUACCAGUAUCAUGUCAACACGUCGUUCAACCAACUAUACUCGCUCCUCGUUGCACAUGAACAAUAAUUCCGGAGGACAUCUCAACUAUCACAACCACAAUAAUUUCCAGCGGCAGCAGUCGUUGCAAAUGCAACAUAGCGUCAUAAAUAGCAAUGGUGGCUCGUCACCAACGCAAAGCAUUAUUUUAAGUGACAAAAGGUGAGGAACAGUUGCCAUGAUGCUUCAAAGUGAUUUCCUUUAAGAAAAAAAAAAUAAUAAUAAUAAUAAUAAUAAUAAAUAUCUAUAAUACCCCCCCAAAAUGGAAAAAGCUUUGAAUUGUUAUGGCACCAAGAAGGUUGAUGUUUAGAAAACUAAUUUAAUUGAAAUUUAAAAUUGUAAAUAUUAAUAAAAAAAAAUACCUUAAGAAAUUAUUAUUAAAUUAUAUUUAAAAAAAAAACAAAAAUAUUUAAGUGAUAUUAUUAAAGCUUAAGAAAUUGUGUAUAAAAUAUUUUAGUAAUUUGUCUGUGUAAAAUGUAAAUAUGUAAUUGUAUACUUUAAAAAAAAAAAAGGUAUUGUGGAGCACUUUUAGAUUGUAUAGC